AUGAAAGUUGAGGUAGAGAAUGGCUGGUGAAGUGUCUUGGAAUAAUUUGCCUAGUGUUAUUUUAAACGAAAUAUUCUCAUAUCUUUCGCACAAUGACAAAGUGCGUGCCUCUUCAACCUGUUCAAACUGGCGUCUUGCAUUAAGUCACCCAAAAUGCUGGAGAAACGUAAAGUUUGUCGUCAAACCUCAGGACAAUUUUGCAAAUUCAAUAGCUAGAACUAGAUACUUGGUGGAAUUUGCUGCUAGAAAGCUUCACAAUGCUGUUAUCACAUUUGAUUCCAUGGAUCCAGCAUGUGUCGAUGAAAUCUCUAAUGUUAUUGAGAGUUUGGCCGAAAACGCCAAUUUGAAAAGCUUGUUCCUCAAUCCCAGCAAUUGCAGUUUGGACUGUCCAAGUGGCCAAGGUGAUGAUUGGUCAAAGUACAUUGAAAGCAAGUUUGCAACACCUCUAAUAAACGCAAUAAGGAAAAGUCAUCAGAUGGAAGCUCUCAGUCUUGGAUGUUUAGAGGAACUGAUAUCAUCACACGCCAAAAAUAUUUUAGAAUUAAUUGUCAAUAAACAUGCUAAUAAUAUAAAAGUCCUUGGAUUGGCUACCAUCAAAGACUAUCCAGAUGACUACUUCAUAACAGAUUUGAACAUACGCUUGUUGAAGCCUCUUGUUAAUCUUCAGAUCCUUAGCAUCGACUACUGCCAUGUUAAUGACAAUCUACUGCACAUCCUCGGUGACACGCAGCUGCAGAGGCUCGUGGUUCACGUUCACGGCAUCAUGGACGAACAUCCAGGCACAACGGAAGGGGCCUGGACCUACCUCACACGAAAGCUCCCCCACUGUGAGCUUCGACUCACGCUGAUUCACUCCUAUGAUGGAGUCGACGUUUUACACACCAAGAUCCUUCGCCACGCCAUGCCUCUUACGCACCUCAAGGUCUUCUUUUGCGAAAAGCUCAACAUCGAAGCAGUUCACCAGCUGAGUCUGUACAGUGACACUCUUCGCAGUAUCUGGUGGGUAGACUCGAUGUCUAACACUGGCAACCACUCCCUAGUAGAAUCUACCUUAGUCAACCCUUUUGUCAUGUGCUGCUGGCGAUGUCAUAAGCUGGAAGAGCUGGUUUUCAUAGGCCAUAAGUACCUAUCGCUGGACGUGAUCGCAGUGAUACGUCUACGUGGCGAGACGCUCACACACCUGUGUUUAGCUGCCGAUGACAUCGCCUUCCAAGCCGACCCUUCUGUGGAGCCCACACUCAAAGAACUGCAGCAGGAGAUCAGUGAUCAUAUAGGCCGGCCUUGGACUGCACUGGUUGAGCCUCAGCUUCAUCCAGUCAUAUGGAAUCCUACUGCAGGUGACUCUGACGAAUUCGUCCUUCCAAUCGUGCUCAAAGAUAUCGAGCCGUAGCCGACACACGACUGAGUGUUUUAUAUCCCUGUCUACAUUCCGCAGGAUGCCAACUAUCGACUCACCAAACACCAUCGUGAUACAAUUUUGUGAGUCUUCUUCAAAUAUUAGGCUUAUUUGAUUCUACAUUAUUUUGUACGAGUACAGUGGUACUACUUUCGACCAUCCUAUGUGAAAUCAGUUUUUGUAAACUGAUGUGUAGAGUUAAGGCAUAAACUAUGUUAGGCACAAUUAUUUUAGAAUCACUCUUAUUGUGUUGUAUGAUUUUGAUAUUUGUGUUUCACUACACGUUUAUUCUAUAUGUAUUUAAAGAAAACUGUUAAUAAUUUUUGUAGGCAGUUUAGGUUUUUAGUUUAGCUCAUGUUCAGCAGACCUCUUGCAAAACACUAUAUAGUUAGCCUACCAAACAAUUGUCAGAAAAUGUUUAUUUUGUCAAGAUGUUGUUCAAUUUAUUAGAUACACAUGUAAGAAUUAAUUGCAUAUAUCCCUCUGUUCAAAUUU